AUGGCGUCUCUCCACAAUUAUCCACUAGCGCCGCUUGAUGAGCUCAAAUCACAGUUUGUUGGGCAAAACAUUGAGUAUCUGGACACACCAGCUAUACUACUGGACCGCGCGAUCCUCAAGAAGAACUGUGAUGCCAUGCUGAACGUCUGUUCCGAGCUGGGUGUGGGCUUCCGUGCGCAUGUGAAGAGCCAUAAGACACUGGAGCUUUCAAAGCUGCAAGUAGGCGAGACAGGACCCGCAAAUUUCAUUGUGAGUACUGUCAUCGAGGCCGAACGAUUGGCAGCAUGUCUGGCAGAGUUUCAGAGCCGGGGCAGGGAAGCAAGUGUCCUCUAUGGCGUACCAGUCCCCCAGUCUGCGAUCUCCCGACUCAUCAAGGUAGCGGACAGCCUUGCCCCACGAUCUGUGAACAUCAUCAUCGACAACAAGGAUGCUUUCCUCCAGUUUCACCAACGUUUGAUUGAAAGUAAAAGCGCCAUCGAGAUAGGCGUCUUUGUUAAGAUCGACACGGGGUACCAACGUGCUGGCAUCAAAACAUCCUCUCCCGACUUCAGUAGCCUGUUGACCACCAUUGCCAGCAAAAAGUCGAGCCCUGGUACAUAUUUGAAGGGUUUCUACUCGCACUUUGGUCAUUCGUAUGCCGGCAACUCAGAAGAUGACGCAGCGAAUGGGUUGAUUGAGGAGCUUAUUGGCCUUGAAGCCGCCAUCACAGCUGUGCCAUCGUCACACAGCGAGAAAUUGAUUUUGAGUGUGGGCGCAACGCCCACGGCGACAGCAGCACAGAAUCUGCUGUCUAGCACCACAAUCGCCUCGCAGAACUUCCGCUCUGUUCUAGCAAGGCUCAAGGAGAAAAAUCGCGUGGAAUUACAUGCAGGAGUCUACCCACUUCUUGACUGCCAACAAGUCGCUACACAUGCCCGGCCCUCCUCUGGCCAAGCCUCUCCAUCCUUUCAACCGCUUUCGUUGGACAACAUUGCCAUCACAAUGCUCGUCGAAGUCACAAGUGUCUACGAGGAGCGUGAGAAGCCGGAGGCACUCGUCUCGGCUGGUUCCCUAGCCAUGGGACGGGAGCCAUGCAAGAGCUACCCUGGAUGGGGAAUCGUCACAAAUACUCUGGGCAAUGCGAAUACGAAGAGUGUCUACAAUGAGCAAGAGGGAAAGACGGGUUGGAUCGUGGGACGAAUCAGUCAGGAGCAUGGUAUUCUGACAUGGGAAGGCGAUGCGUCCCAAUGCAAUCCCCUGGGCAUCGGCGACAAAGUCUCCAUCUGGCCAAACCAUGCAUGUGUUGCGGGAGCAGGGUUCGGAUGGUAUCUCAUUACUGAUUCCGGCCAGGAUGGAAAGAAAGUCGUCGAUGUUUGGGUGCGAUGGCGUGGGUGGUAG